AUGCCGUCGCUCGUGGCGGUGGUAGCUGUGGGUACGGCGUCUGUCGUUGCCGGCGUGGUGGGCUUCUGGGCUGCUAUGUCGCCGCCUGCGCCGUCGUUGGAGGACCCGCCCAUGGAGCCGGAGCUGGCGCCGUCGUCACGGCUGGCUGUCCAAGAUCGGGAGGGGGCAUGGGCUGGCGAGGGCGAGGCUCGAAUGGACGAUGUGCCGUAUCGGAUUCUCUCACUCGACGGUGGCGGUGUCCGCGGCGUCUACACCGCUGUCCUCCUCCAUCGUCUGGUCGAGGCCUGCCCGGAGCUACUCGACGCGGUGGACAUGAUCGCAGGCACGUCGACCGGUGGCCUUCUGGCAUGCAUGCUUGCGGCAGGCUACUCGCCGGCGCAGUGCCGCGACAUCUAUCUCAAAGAGUGCCCGUACAUCUUCUCGUCGAGCUUGCUCCGGAGACUCUCGCCAUUCAAUGCCAAGUACGGAUCGCAGCCCAAGAAGGCGAUCAUGGAAAAGUACCUCGGCGAUACGACGCUCGGCGAGCUGUACAAGUAUGUAGUGGUGACCGCGUUCAAGCUCGACGGCAAGCCGGCGCCCGGCGGCCUGCCGACCUUCUUUCCGCCUGGCAACUGGCGGCCGGCGCUGUUCUCCAACCUCCCGCUUGGCGACCGCGGCAAGGUACCGCCCGACAACCAUGUGCGUGCGGUCGACGUCGCCAUGCGGACGUCGGCGGCGCCGACUUACUUCCCCAUGGCCAGCGGCUACGCCGACGGGGCCAUCGUGACCAACAACCCGGCACUGAUGGCCGUCUCCAAGGCCUUCUCCACCUUUGACGCCGCCCAGCCGGAGAACUGCCGGGUUCUUUCCAUCGGCUCGGGUACCAUUCUCUACUCGCUCGAUGUCGACGCGUACCCAGACCUCGGGUACGUCGGCUUUGGCCCGUCGCUCUUUGACGUUCUCUUUGAGUCCAAGUCACUCGCCACCGAGAUCAACGCCCGCCUCUUGCUGCAGAACUCAUACCAUCGCCUCGAUCCUGUCCUCCCCUACCGCAUCGCCCUCGACGACGUGACCGCCAUGGACGAUCUCGUCACUCUCGCCGAGGCUGUCGACCUCUCCGAGACCAUCGAGUGGAUUCGCGAUAACUGGCUGUAG